CGGCGCGCGGGGGGGCGGUGGAGGGAAGAUGGCGGCGGUGGGACCGUGGCGGGCCGGGAUGGUCCUGCUGGCCCUGCUGGCCUUGGGGCUCGGCCGGGUCCGGGCCGAGCAGACCGAGGAGCACCUCAAGCGCGAGCACUCGCUGUCCAAGCCCUACCAGGGUGUGGGCUCGGCCGGCUCGGGGCUGUGGGACCUGCUGGGCAACGCCAUGGUCAUGACCCAGUUCAUCCGCCUCACCCCUGACGUGCAGAGCAAGCAAGGAGCCGUGUGGAACCGCGUGCCCUGUUACCUGCGGGAUUGGGAGAUGCAGGUGCACUUCAAAAUCCAUGGACAAGGCAAGAAGAACCUGAACGGGGAUGGCUUUGCCAUCUGGUACACCAAGGACAGGAUGCAGCCGGGACCUGUGUUUGGAAGCAAGGAUAACUUCCUGGGCCUGGGAGUGUUUGUGGACACUUAUCCAAACGAGGAGAAGCAGCAGGAGGCUCAGAAGAGGAGGUACAGCCCGGGAAACCAGGUACUGGCUCCUGCUGUCCCACCUCUCAGGGUUCUGGGGCAAGGAAUUCCCUCCCAAGGGCUCCAGGAAUCCCUGUGGGAGCCGGGAGGGACUGCAUGGAAUGUGUGCUCCAUCCAGGAUCUCUGGGAGCUGAGGCUGAGCCUUGGGGAUGGAGUGGGGUCAUGGUGGUGUCUUGUGGAGCAGAUUUUUUGGGAUGGAGGAGUUUGGGGUUAGGGAUGGAGCAGGGUUGUGAU